AUGGCAAGUCACGUCUACCAUGACCUGGAUCGAUCCGAAGUUGUAGACGACUACGUGAGGCAUCCUGAGCAUCAUUCCAGAAGGCCAGUCUGUUUAGAUUGUUCAAAUGUUGACCUUGAACAGCUUCAUCCACAGCGGCGAAGAGUGGUUCAAUAUCUGGAUCGACCACACGAAUCUCGCCCACGAUUGCUGGGGCAGGGAUACGUUCUUGGAUAUCGAAACGCAUCUUUGGUUCGAGAAAACUAUAAGCCGCGUAGCAUAGGCACGUUGGUCCCAGCUGCUACAAUUUUGAUCACCGGAAAACGGGGAAGUGGAACAUACAACCAAUGUAAUAUUCGUUAUUUAAAGCGGUUGGCCCCUGGACAAGCUAUGAAUUCGGUGUUUGAUUGCGUAAACAACAUCGCGGUUCCAUUCAAUUUCACAACGACCCACAUCCCAAAUCGAGGCCAGGAAGUUGGCCCACCAGGACGACAACGUGAUUUCACGAGAUCACCGAAACGAUUCUUGAUCCCAAGUGUAAAAGCAAACCGGGAGCAGCGGUGGAUUACAUUUGGAUGCGAAAUUACUGCAUUUUCAAGACGUUGGACGUCGGACGAUUUGGACAAGAAAAUAGUUGAAAGGUGA